CGCGCCGCGCCGCGCCAUGCUGCUGCUGGCCGCCGCCUGCCUCGUGGCCUUCGUGAUGCUGCUCUACAUGGUGUCCCCGCUCAUGAGCCCCAAGCCCCUCGCCCUGCCCGGAGCGCACGUCGUGGUUACAGGAGGCUCCAGCGGCAUCGGGAAGUGCAUUGCCAUUGAGUGCUACAAACAAGGCGCGUUUAUCACUCUGGUCGCAAGAGAUGAGGACAAGCUACUGCAGGCGAAGAAGGAAAUUGAAAAGUGUUCUAUUAAUGAUAAACAGGUGGUGCUUUGUAUCUCAGUUGAUGUGUCUCAAGACUACAAUCAAGUAGAAAAUGUCAUUAAACAAGCCCAGGAGAAGCUGGGUCCCGUGGACAUGCUUGUCAACUGUGCAGGAACGUCGUUGGCAGGAAAAUUUGAAGAACUCGAAGUUAGUGUUUUUGAAAAAUUGAUGAGCGUCAAUUACCUGGGCAGCGUGUACCCCAGCCGGGCAGUCAUCACCACCAUGAAGGAGCGCCGCGUGGGCAGGAUCGUGUUCGUGUCUUCCCAGGCCGGCCAGCUGGGGCUGUUCGGCUUCACGGCCUAUUCGUCGUCGAAGUUCGCCUUGAAGGGCCUGGCCGAGGCGCUGCAGAUGGAGGUGAAGCCUUACAAUGUCUACAUCACCGUGGCCUAUCCCCCGGACACGGACACCCCCGGGUUGGCUGCAGAAAAUAAAAGUAAGCCUUUGGAGACUCGACUUAUUUCAGAGACCACAGGUGUUUGCAAGCCAGAACAAGUGGCCAAACAAAUUGUUAAAGAUGCCAUCCAAGGGAAUUUUAACAGCUCCAUUGGCUCCGAUGGCUACAUGCUCUCCUGCCUGACCUGUGGGAUGACCCCGGUCACCUCCAUCACCGAGGGACUCCAGCAGGUCGUUACCAUGGGCCUUUUCCGCAUCAUUGCACUGUUUUACCUUGGAAGUUUCGACAACAUAGUCCGUCGCUGCAAGGCUCAGAGAGAAAAAGCUGGCAUUGUUGAUAAAACUGCCUAAUUCUUACCCCUCAGACAAGAGACGGUUUCUGAAUCACGUGAAGAGCUUGCUGCUACAGUGGGACCCGAUUUUUUUGGCCUACAGAUUCUUGUCUUGUUUUUUGAGUGUGUGAGAUUGGACCAGUGCCCUGCAGAAACGCGGCUGUAAGCAAAGGGGUAGAAAUUCAAGUCCAGACAAUGUUAGGAAUACUAUGCAAAUACACAGUGGCAGACCUUUUGAUUUUCUGGGCUCUGAGGUGAAACGGUGGUAGUGUGAGAACUCUUAGAUGGUAAACAGGGUAAAAAGACAGACUUCCAGAAUGGUAAUUUGAUUUUUUUUUGGGGGGGGUACUUACUCUCCCUACCCCUUUGCCCUAGAGAUCUAAUUCAGAAAUGUACUUUGUGGCACAAAAAAAGUUUGGAGAGGUUUUUUAUUUUAUUUUAUUCUAAACUUUCCACAAAAGGCAGUUUUUGGUGUCUUUCUGUUUGUUUCCUUUUUGCUUUGUUUUCAGUCUGAAUGUCACCAACGUCUUGGUGUCAUGUUCAGGAACCUCUACUGCUGGUGAAAACCCUUGACAUCUCUCUCUUUGAUCCCAUUACGCUACCAAGGGGGAUGAGAGAGACCAGUCCAGGGGCAGGGCCGGAGGCGAGCGGUCCUGGAGGCUAACGCUCGGGCCGGGGAAGCAGCCUCCUUACGUGCUCUGCGAAGAGAAGUGGAAGUCACGGACGCUCCCAGGAUCACGGUGUCUUCAAUAGCCGCGGUGCCCCGAAACCCUCAGUUCCCCUCCCCUGCCGUGUCUGCUGCAGGAUCGUCCUCUCCCUCCCCUCCCGAGUUUGCUUCUCCUGCUGUCCUACUUUAAGAUGAAGACCAGCUAAGAUUUUUUUUGGACUUGACUUUUUAAAUUCAGUUCUUGAAUUCAUUAAAACAGACAAACAACACUACAAAGUGUGUCCUUCUUAUACUAGUAGCACACAUGUAGCUCUUAGGAAAGGCUGACAAUGAUUGUCUAUUUCCCAGUUUCACUUGUCAGGAAAGAAACGCGUGGUGCGUUUUGGCCAAUCCUCGUGCUGGAAUCCGGAGGAUCGGUCCUCGGACGCGGACCGCAGCAGUGCUUUCAUGCCAAGUGGGAGGGAACUCGCCUGUCUAACUGUGCUGGCCGGGCCUGGAAGCCCUCCUUUCCUGGGAAUGUGCUUUCCAGGUUGCGGGUUUCGUUCCAUGGAUCUCCACACCAAGUGCCUAUGAUGAGUCGCAGCUAGCAUCCUCUGUUGUUUCCUGUCCGUCGUUCCUUCUCCUCGAACCCAGAAUGACGACUACCUUCCUCUUCUCAUUUUACCCCUGUUUCUGGCAUGUCCACGAGCGCAUUCCAGUCCAUCCCAGUGGGAAAAGACCUUGACUUUUAAGAAAAAAAAAACUUUCAAAAUGUGGAACUAGAUAAAUAAGAGCAAAAGCAACCAAAUACUUAGAAAUUAUUAUUAUUUAUAUG